CGUAAUCUCCCAUAGACAUUGAACGCAUCACCAAGACCAGACUGGCUUCCACAUUGUUAACGUUGAUUUCUCCCGUUCAAGCCAGCAUUUCUGUCUUCCGUCAGCCAAACUGGGGUCACAGGCUCACACAAAACGCAUGAAAUAUCGGCUACGUUUCGCAGCGGGACAGACACCGGCAAACUCUCUAACAUGAGGAGGAUUGCUGGCUGUAACCCUGCCCAGACCGGAGGCUGCUGGUAGGGAUGGUGCCGCUUUGAAGAGGCUGUUUCGGAAGACAUGCCAGCGGUCGGGGGAAAAGGGAGGAAGUGCCUGGACAACAUGACUCUUUUCAACCAAGAAAAUGUUGAGGAAUUUUACGAAAUUGGAGACGAGCUGGGAAGUGGGCAGUUUGCUGUGGUCCGAAGAUGUCGACACAGGGGUACGGGUGGGGACUACGCCGCGAAAUCCAUCAAGAAGCGGCGCAGCAAGUCAAGUCGACGAGGGGUGACGAGGGAGGACAUAGAGCGCGAGGUGAACAUCCUGAAGGAGAUCCAGCACCCCAACAUCAUCACGCUGCAGGAGGUCUUUGAAAACAAGGCAGAGGUCAUCCUGAUCCUGGAGCUGGUGGCCGGCGGAGAGCUCUUUGACUUUCUGGCGGAGAAGGAGUCGCUGAGCGAGGAGGAAGCCACUCAGUUCCUCAAGCAGAUCCUGGAUGGAGUCUGCUACCUGCACGCCAAACAGAUCGCUCACUUUGACCUUAAGCCGGAGAACAUCAUGCUGCUGAACCGCUCAGUGCCUCACCCUCGCAUCAAGCUCAUUGACUUCGGCCUGGCCCACAAGAUAGAUUUUGGCAAUGAUUUUAAAAACAUUUUUGGAACCCCAGAAUUUGUAGCUCCAGAAGUAGUCAACUAUGAACCUUUGGGCCUGGAGGCAGACAUGUGGAGUGUUGGUGUCAUAACGUACAUCCUUCUGAGUGGUGCGUCUCCCUUCCUGGGUGACAACAAGCAGGAGACUCUGGCUAACGUGUCGGCCGUCGACUACACAUUCGACGAGGAGUUCUUCAGCAACACCAGCGUCCUGGCCAAAGACUUCAUUGCAAGGCUCCUUGUCAAAGACCCCAAAAAGAGAAUGACGAUUCAGGACAGCCUCCAGCACCCCUGGAUCAAGCCAAAAGACACUCAGCAAGCACUGAGCAGAAAGGAAUCGGCUGUCAACAUGGAGAAGUUCAAGAAGUUUGCAGCUCGAAGGAAAUGGAAACAAUCCGUCCGACUUAUCUCCUUAUGCAACCGCCUGUCCCGCUCCUUCCUGUCCAGAAGCAACAUAAGUGUUGCACGCAGUGAUGACACGUUGGACGAGGAGGACUCCUUUGUGAUGAAGGCCAUCAUCCACGCCAUAAACGAUGACAACGUGCCCGGUCUGCAGCAUCUGCUUGGCUCCUUAAACAAUUACGACGUCAACCAGCCCAACAAGCAUGGGACUCCUCCCCUCCUGAUUGCAGCCGGCUGUGGUAACGUUCAGAUCAUUGAGGUGCUGAUGAGAAAAGGCGCAGAGAUCCAGGCCCAUGACAAGAGUGGAGCCAAUGCUAUCUACUACGCAGCAAGACAUGGCCACGUCGAGACCCUGAAAUUCCUCCAUGACAAGAAAUGUCCUCUGGAUGUCCAAGAUAAGUCGGGGGAGACUGCUCUUCAUGUGGCAGCCCGCUACGGCAACGUGGAUGUGGUGAGCUAUCUGUGCAGCAUUCGGGCCAACCCAGACCUGGCUGACAGGGAGCAGGAGACCCCGCUGCAUUGUGCUGCGUGGCACGGAUACUCUCCAGUAGCUCGAGCCCUCUGCCAUGCAGGCUGCCACGUGGACGCAAAGAACCGUGAGGGGGAGAGUCCGCUGCUGACAGCAUCUGCUCGGGGCUUUGUGGAUAUUGUGGAGUGCCUGGUGGAGCACAAGGCCGAUCUGGAGGCCACUGACAAGGACGGCCACACAGCCCUCCACCUGGCCGUACGAAGGUGUCAGGUUGAAGUGGUCCGGUGCCUCCUCAGACACCACUGUCACCUGGACCAGCAGGAUCGCCAUGGAAACACGCCUCUACACAUCGCCUGUAAGGAUGGAAACCGGCCCAUCGUCAAGGCGAUCUGCAGCGCCAAAGCCAGCCUCGACCCGCCCAACAAGUACGGCAGAACUCCCCUCCACAUGGCUGCGAACAACGGGAGUCUUGAAGUUGUCCGCCAUCUUUGCAUGGCUGGAGCCAACAUUGACGCCGUCACCAAUGAUGGAAAGACAGCAGAAGAUUUGGCUCAUACUGAUCAACAUGAACUCAUUGUUGCUCUUUUGGGAAAGCUUAAAAAGGACAACCACAAACUGAGCUACAUCCAGCAGCUGCGGCCCACUCAGACCGUCCAGCCCAGGAUGAAGCUGAAGCUCUUUGGAUACUCCGGAGCAGGGAAGAGCACCCUGCUAGAGUCUUUGAAAUGUGGCAUCCUGCGCAGCUUCUUCAGGAGGAAGAGGACACGCAUGACCAAUACAACCCGCCACCCCAACUCCCCCAUCAACUCAAAACCUGCUGUGUCGGUGAGUAUUAGCAACUUGUACCCUGGCUGUGAGAACGUGAGCGUGCGGAGUCGCAGCAUGAUGUUCGAGCCCAGCCUGACCAAAGGUGUCCUGGAGGUCUUCUCCCCUGUCCACAACGCUCUGUCCUCAGCUGACGAACAGGCCACAAAGGCCAUCGACAUCCAACACAGCAACAUCCAUGGUGUGGGGGAGUUCAGCGUGUGGGAGUUUUCGGGAAACCCGGUCUAUUACUGCUCCUACGACUACUUUGCAGCCAACGACGCGACAGCGAUCCACCUGGUCCUGUUCAGCCUGGAGGAGUCAUACGAGACCCAGCUGGGACACAUCACCUACUGGCUGAACUUGCUGAAGGCCCUCAACCUGCCACAGGACAACAUUGCUUUCGGAGGUCGGAUCCAGCAGCCUCUCACCGUCGUCCUGGUGGCGACGCACGCCGACCUUGCUGACAUCCCGAGAGCUUUUUCUGGAGAGUUCACCUACGACAAGGAGAAAGUGCUGCUAAAGGAAGUCAGGAACAGGUUUGGGGUAGACCUGCAGAUCAGUGACAAAUUGUUUGUGAUGGAUGCCGGAGCCUCAAACUCCAAAGAGGUGAAGCUGCUGAGGAGUCACCUGCAGGAGCUUCGUGCCAACGUCAUCUCUAGGUGUAGUCCCAUGACGCUGCUGUCGGAGCGUUUGCUGACCACCUUGCCGACCUGGAGGAAACUGAGCGGACCCAACCAGCUGACGUCAUGGCAACAGUUUGUCAGCGACGUCCAGGAGCAAAUCAACCCUCUGGUCAGCCAGGAUUACCUCCGCACACUGGCCCUGCAGCUUCACAGCAUGGGGGAGAUCAACAUCAUGCAGAGUGAGACAGUGCAGGAUGUUGUUCUGCUGGAGCCUCGUUGGCUCUGCAGCAACGUCCUCGGCAAGCUGCUCUCUGUGGAGACGCCCAAGGCCAUCCACCACUACAGGGGGCGUUACAGGCUGGAGGAGGUGCAGGCUCUGGCUCCUGAGAGUGACGUGGACGAGCUGCUGCAGAUCCUGGAUGCCAUGGACGUUUGCGCCCGUGACGCCACCAACCCCUCCAUGGUGGAUGUUCCGGCCCUCAUCAAGACAAAUGGCCUCCACCGCUCCUGGACCGAAGAAGAGGAGGAGGAGUCACUGCUCUACGGCGGGGUACGCCUCGUCCCCGCGGAGCACCUGACCCCCUUCCCCUGUGGCCUGUUUCACAAACUGCAGGUGAACCUGUGUCGCUGGAGCCACCAGCAGAAGCCGGAGGAGGAGGGCGGGGAGGAUUUCGAUGGAGAUAUCCACCUGUGGACCAAUGGAGCCAAGGUGAGCCAAGGCGGAGUGGAGGCCAUGAUCCUGCUGGUCAACCACGGCCAGGGCGUGGAGAUUCAGGUGCGCGGGCAUGACUCAGAGCGGGCCAAGUGCUACACCCUGUUGGACACCAUGUGUAGUAUAACAGAGAACCUGCUGGCCUCCACACUCCCCGGACUGCUCACAGCCAAAUACUACCUGAGUCCUCAGCAGCUGCGGGAGCACCACGCCCCCAUCAUGAUCUACCAACCCAAAGAUUUCUUCCGGGCCCAAGUCCAGCGGGAGACCUCUCUCACUAACACCAUGGGCGGCUACCGCGAGAGCUUCAGCAGCAUUCUGGCUUUUGGCUGUGCUGAAGUUUAUCAGCAGGGGACUCUGGGAAGGGACAUCCACAUAUCAGACGUACCCCUGUUGGCUCGUAGGAAGCUCUGCCGCAUGCUGGACCCUCCUGACGCUCUGGGGAAAGACUGGUGCCUGUUGGCUAUGAACCUUGGCCUCACAGACCUGGUGGCCAAACACAGCAACGGGACUCCAAAUGGCACCCCUGACCUGGACACGGACCCGGACUCCCAGGAGGCCGUGCUGCAGCCCAGCCCAACAGCAGCACUGCUGCAGGAGUGGAGCGGGCGACCAGACAGCACGGUGGGCGUGCUGAUGGCCAAACUGAGGGAAUUAGGCCGCCGAGACGCCGCCGACUUUCUGCUCAAAGCUUCUCCUGUUUUCAGGGUCAACAUGGAAGCGUUGGUAGGGGCCGCCAAUGGCUACCCCCCCACCUGCAACGGUGGCACAUCGUACAACUCCAUCAGCUCCGUCGUAUCCCGCUGAGCUGAACGGGUCAGCUUUCUGUCCUUUGCCAAACGUCAGACAGUCUGAUGUGACAUUUCCCCGGAAACGGGACUCGUGUGUGAAUGAACAUGAAGUGCAAUCGUUCAGCUGCUCGCUCCUUAAUCACUCCAUUAAGUUGGCGUAUGAACCAGAUGUUGUGUUUGUGCUCUCCACACCUGUACAGCUGACCUUUCCUUCCAAUAUGAAUGUUGUGAAAGAGCCGAUUGUCCUGAGCUCCAAAGAGGAAUCCUGUCCUUUUAUUCUGUUCUGAAUCUUGUGCUGCUGUUUAAUAUCCCUCCAACUCUACUACACACUUAAGUCUUACUCCUCUUACAGAAAAGCUACAUUUUUAAAAGCUAUCAUCUCUACAUAAAGCAAUGAUUAAAAAAGAUGGCAGUCUCAUGUUUGGACCUUUUUCAUAUCUAGAUGAAAAACUGAGGACUUGCCAUCUUAACUCCCUCCAUCCAUCACAGUUAUAUAUAAUAUUAUCUGCCCCUCCUUGCUUCUGUUCUACUGAUGUGACAUUUGGGCCGUUCAGCUUAGUGUUUAAUAAUUAAACGGCAUUUUUCAGAGUGCCUUUGUGGCCUUCUACCUCCCUAAAGAGCACAAAUAGUCUUGCUAUUAUAAAAAAAAACAGUAGUUCUUUCCAAACAUAUGAAGAGCUGUGCCUUGUUGACACUAGUACGAAAAAUAAUUGUAAUCAAGUCUAUAGUCUUUAAAUGGAAAAGGUUAUCUUACAUUUUAGACUGGAAAAAGGUUGAAGGAAGGUAAAACAAAAGCUCAGCUCAUGUUACAAGCUUUUUGAAAAUGUAAUUUUACUGGCAAGAAGAAUCAAACGGAAAGCUGACAUUGAGUCGUGCAUGAGAUGAAACAUUGGAUUAGAGUCAGUGUGGAGUUGAUAUGAUGCUCUGUAGGGAAACACCGUCAUUCAUGUUUUAAUUGGAGCAUUUGGGUUUAUACAGAUUAUCCUGCUAAAGGUUUAUUACUUCCUUAAUCCAACAACAGAAAUCUCUUGAUUGUCGAUUCAAUUUUGGUGACACUUUAUUUUACGUGUCCUGUAAUUCCCUAAGAAGUUAACCUCACUGUAACUAUGACACAAUGUUACGAGACAGUUAUUUGUUUGUUGUUGUUGGAAUUUCCAGGAAAGAACUGCUAAAAUCUUAAUGACUAUGGUAAAGUA